CCCCAAUUCACACUUUUCUUCCCCUUACCAAUUUUAGGAGUUGGGUUUUUUUUCUUAAAUGAUGUUUAUUCUUCUUUUUUUACCCCCCAAAAACCCCAAAAAAAACUGGGCCCUCCAAAGAAGGCUAUAAAUAUAUGUGAUGUUCCUGGCUCAUCUUUGCUCAUCCUUACUGAAACACUUCACUUGCUCUUUCUUUCUUUCUUUUCAAUCUGGAAUUCGUUGAAGAUGGCCAAUUUCAGUGGCAGCAUUCCUUCAGCAUCCUCAAUUUUCUCUGCCUAUGCUUCACUAUCAGCUUCAAUUAUGCUGGUUAAGACAGCAGUUAAUCAAAUCGUUCCUGCUCCAGUUCAAAACUAUAUUUCCACCACCGUGAAGUACUAUUUCAAGUCCAAGUCUGCUGAUAUCACUGUUGUUAUUGAGGAGAGUGAUGGGAUGUCAGGCAACGAGCUUUAUGCUGCUGCUGAAACCUAUCUUUACUCCAAGAUUGACUCAAGCAUUGAGCGCCUCAAAAUCAGCAAGAGGCCUAAACAGGCUAGACUGUCCAUCAAAUUCGCUCAGUGCGGAAAGAUGGUCGAUUUCUAUGAAGGUGUUGAAGUUGUUUGGAGGUUCGGUUGUGAGGAGAAGAAAAGGGGUUCCAAGCUUUCUGAUGAUGAUGAUUCCGGCAAUGUUUAUUCGCCGCAUGAAAAGAGGUACUUCGAGAUCAGUUUCAACAAGAAGUACAAAGAAAUGAUCUUGGAUUCUUACAUUCCUUACGUUCUGAAGAAGUCUAAGGAGAUCAAAUCAGGAAAGAAAGUUCUGAAGCUGCAUACUUUAGCAUCCUACCCUUAUUCAUCCUCUGUUUCCUGGGAAUCCAUCAAUCUUGAACAUCCAUCCACUUUUCAGACCAUUGCCAUGGAUACAGAGCUUAAAAAGGCCAUCAUCGAUGAUUUGGAUAGGUUUGUGAGGAGGAAAGAUUUCUACAGGAAAGUUGGGAAAGCCUGGAAAAGAGGGUACUUGUUGUACGGCCCUCCUGGAACAGGGAAGUCAAGUUUGAUUGCCGCCAUGGCUAAUCAUUUGAAAUUCGACAUCUACGAUCUGGAGCUCGCUGGCAUAAAGAGAGACUCUGAUCUCAGAAGACUCUUGCUCCGAACCGCAAAUCGUUCAAUCCUGGUGAUUGAAGAUAUUGAUUGCACCGUGGAUUUGCCAAAUCGAGAGGACAAGGAGAAUUCUGGACAACAAAAAGAAGAACGUCAUCAGUUUACUCUGUCAGGACUAUUGAACUUCAUUGAUGGCCUCUGGUCGAGUUGUGGAGAUGAACGAAUCAUUAUAUUCACUACAAACAACAAGGACAAGCUUGAUCCAGCUUUGCUUCGUCCAGGGAGAAUGGACAUGCAUAUACCCAUGUUAUAUCUAACAACAGAUGGGUUCAGGACUCUGGCUACCAAUUACCUGAAUAUGGAAUCUCCACAUUGGAGGUUUAGAGAAAUAGAAGGCUUGAUUGGGAGCAUGAAUGUGACUCCUGCUGAAGUUGCUGAAGAACUGAUGAGAAGUGAGGAUCCUGAUGUUUCGCUUAGGGAUUUAUCAAAGUUUCUCAAUCUAAAGCGCAAGAAGAUGGAAGAGGAUGAGGUUAAUAAUGGUGCUGAUGUUGGAUCCAAAGAGGAAGAGUGCAAUGGAAUUGAUGAUCAAACCCCAAAAGGGAAAAGGAUUAAGCUUGAUAAUGGUCAUGAUGAACAUUUAACCCCUUGUAAUGGUGUCUGAUGACAUAGCUUUGAAUCAGGCCUUCAAAUCCAUCUGCCACAGAUUGGAUGAAAUGUAUUUGGUAUCUGUAUUCAUCAUGCAUGCUUUUAGAAUUUUAUUUAACUCGGUAGCUUUUUCUGGAUGAUGAAUAAACUAUUAUAUUUGACCAGUAACGAAUAGUUAGAGUACAAAUUUUUUAAACUUAAAAAUGAAAAUGUUGAAUGAGUUUGUUUUUUUAGGCCCAUAAAAAAAAAGUGACUGUUGUAUUUGAAGCCCUCUAAAUGCUAAAGCACCAAUAAGAUGAUUGCCUAAAAGUUAUGAUUUCGG